AUAUCCAUACAACUACACGACAGCACUAAUGCCGGCGCCAAACGAUACCCACAAACAGGACUCACAGCUAAUUAUAUCGGAUGUACUGAAAACACGUCUUGAAAGUCGGCCAUCGGUGGACAUCCGACAGCCCACAGCUGAUCCAUUGGGUGAUCAGACAAUGGGCUCCAAGACAUGGCAACACCUGCGGGAACAGCAAUACCUGAGCGAUGAGCUCAAGGCGUGGAAAGAGAUGGUCGAACACCAGAAGGCAAUUAUGGAGAAAAUACGGUCGGAGUUAGAGAAACAGCAAACCCUUAACCGGGAAAAGGAUAUCACUAUCGAGUCGUUGAGAAAUCUGCAGAAAUUGCACACAAAGUCCGGCGCUCACGAGGCCCGGGAUGUGAGCUCUGUGUCGACCAUCGAUGAGACAGUGGCGGACCCGUUGGCCGCCGACGACAAUGAGUUUACAGGCAAUAGUCCCGCGAUAUUUGAUCGUACGGUUAGUGUUGACGUCUGGACUACAGAUCAGGAGCGCCGUAAUAAUGAUGAUAAUCGUUAUGGCAGCGAUGAGAGUUUGUAUUCUGGGGAUGGGUUAGAGAAAAUGUCCCCGAUUUCAAUGCCCGAGGAGUUACUGGUAAACCAUAAUCGGGUCCAUAAGAAAGUAUUCAUACCAUACAGUCAUGAAGGCUGUAGUGUUAGGGAACAUUUACAAAGGCCGAAAAAUUCG